AUGCCAUUUACUUUUCUGCGUAUCGUCUUAGGUAGUCCAUUUGAUUUAAUUCAUCUUAUGUUAACAAGACCGUCAUUGACGACACUAAAACAUUUGCAUAUUACACUAAUGGAUAUUCGGUUUGAUUUUGUCUUUCAUUUACCAAAUAAAGAUCAAUUAGUUUCCAUGAUACAAUUACAUACUUUUACAUUGGUGAAAUCUUUUCUGUGGAUAUUAAAGAAUGAAUUGACAUCCAUUGAUAUAUUAACAAGUGCAGACAUGAUGCCUAUGUUACGAUCAAUAAAUUUAUCAAUUACUCUUAAUAAUGAUGAACUCAAUCAUAUUAAACAAUGUUCGAUUUUUAAUGAUCAUCGAUGUGUCAAUGUUCAUUUUGUGUUAUGUAUUGAUGAUUAUGAUACAAAUAUUCAAUUGAAAAAGUUGAUUCUACAUGAUAGUCUUUCUUAUCCACGAAAAGUAAUGGGUUCAGUGUUUACUGUUAAUUAUUGGUAUAAUAUUGAAUAUUCCACAACUGUUAAUCUUAGUCGAAUAAAUAUCAUUUGA